AUGGUAAAACUGUUUCAAAGUAAACCAGAGAAUAGAACUUUUGUGGUGGACUCUGAAAUAUUACCUCAAGAAUAUUAUCCAUUAAAAGAAUCUAACAUUCAAACAGUACUCAAAGAAACUGACUCUGAGGCAAGCGCGACAGAAAAUAAUGUAAUCAUUGAGUGUCCAAAAGAUAUUGUUGAUGAAUUUGGCAUUAGCGGCGAUGAUGACGAGACUUUAUUGCCUCAAGCAGGGCCUUUGGGCGUAACAUGUAAUAAUAUUCAGAAUUAUAAGGGGCUAUCAGAACAUUCUUAUACUAUUCUAGCUCAUGAAAUGGCGAGACAAAAAUAUUAUACUGAAGAGGAAUCACGUAGAAUUUUACAGGAAAGUGACAAUACUAGUGAUGAAAUUGAGAUAAGUGAUAGUGAAUCUGAAAAUACCGACACUGUCGAAGAACAACAGACAGUUCUAGAUGAAAUUACAGUACUUGAAAAUGAAGGGGAAAAUGCAACUUUUGUGCCAGUUGGGAAAAUACUAAAGUCGAAAUCGGGAUAUGAAUGGAAAACACAACCACUUGCAUCUACAAGGGGCAGAGCUCAUAAUAUAGUUAAUUCUCGUGAAGAUAUUUUCCAAUCUCAACCUCAACGAGAAGUUCUAAGCGAACUUCCAACUCCUACAGCAAAUUAUCUAUCAGAAGAAACUGAUAUUGACCUAAUAACUGACAACUUGGAAGCAAAUUGUUCCAACGCUUACGAAGUCAAGGCCCAACCACCCAACAAGGAAGUUGUUACACAAAAGAAUACUGUAGUUAUCACUAGAGCAUCGUCAGUGUCAGUGCCUAAGAAGUCAGUGAGAAAAGGGAGUCCUUUUAGCAGGGGUAUCCAUAAAAAAUAA